GGAGGCAGUGUGGGGCACAGAGACAGAGCGUGUGGAGUAAGACUGCCAGGGGGAGAACAUGCCAUGCUGGAGCCUCCUCUGACAAUGUCGCUCCCUUCCAUCCACCCCACCAUGCAGGAACACUUCUGUGAGAACUCCACGCGUGUACACGCUGACGGGAACCCUGCCACCAGUACCCUGAUGUUUGCCAUGGGCGUGUUGGGAAACCUCCUGGCACUGGGCAUCUUGGGGGUGCACCGGAGAGAGAGGAGAGCACGUGCUUCGCCAUUCUGCAUCCUGGUGACCGGUCUCGCUGUCACAGACCUCCUGGGCACCUGCGUCCUGAGCCCGGUGGUCUUCGUCUCCUAUGCUCAGCGGGCAUCUCUCCUGGCACUGGGGUCUCAGCCAUUGUGUAAACUCUUUGCCUUCGCCAUGACUUUCUUCAACCUCUCUUCAAUGAUGAUCCUGUUCUUCAUGGCCUUUGAACGAUGCCUAGCGCUAAGUCACCCGUAUGUUUAUGCCCAGCAUGCCUGGGGGCACCGGCUGGCUAGGGCUGCAAUACCUUCUUCCUACAUAUUUCCUGCCUUACUCUGCGCGUUGCCGUUGGCAGGAGUUGGGGAACAUAAACAGUACUGUCCCGGCACUUGGUGCUUCAUCAGGAUGGCAGUAGCACCCAGCACCGGGAACGGCAGUGCUCUGGCGUUUUCCCUGCUCUAUGCCAGUCUGACUGGGCUCCUGAUUCUGGCAAUCUUGCUGUGCAACGCCUCUGUGACCGCCAGUCUCUGCCGCAUGAGGAAGGGUCAGCGGGCGAGAAGGGGCUCGCUCCGCAGAGGGGGUGCCCGGGGCUGGUUUAUGGGGGCUGGAGAAGAGGAGCUGGAACAUCUUAUUCUCCUGGUACUGAUGACCACAAUCUUCAUGGUGUGCUCGGUGCCGAUGACGGUAAGUGCACCCUAG